AUGGAGAUAGAGAACGCCAAAGAAACCACCCAAAAUGUCGUCCAAGAAGUCACAGAUUCACCCCUGUCCUUCAAUGGCCCCGAACAAGACCGUGACGGUCUAUGGCUGAAAUUCCUGACUUUGGCCAAAUGGUAUCCAAAGGACAUGCCGCAUCUGGAGAAAAAGCUGGUGCUGAAACUGGAUUUGCUGAUUCUUGUCUUUGGGUGUCUCUCGUUCUUCACAAAGUACUUGGACCAGCAGGCCAUCACAAAUGCAUACGUCUCCGGAAUGGAACAAGACUUGCACUUGACUGGAGAUGAUAUUAACUAUAUAACCGCGGUCUUUUGGACAUCUUAUUGUACCUCUAUGAUCCCAGCGUGCUACCUGCUGACCCGGACUCGCAUCAAUAUUGCACUUCCGACAAUGGAAGUCCUUUGGGGUCUAUUCACGUUUGGCUGCGCCUGGGCCCAGAACUUGAGCACCAUUUACGCUAUGCGGUUCUUCGUUGGCCUUUGCGAAACUUGUUCUUUUACUGGGGUCAUCUAUGUCAUCGGGUCGUGGUACAAGCCAGGUGAAAUUACGCGUCGGGUUGCCCUCUUCUUUAUUGCCUCGCCUCUGGGAACCAUGUUUGCGGGAUAUCUGCAAGCUGCUGCAUAUACGAAUUUGAACAACACUGAUGGAUUGGCUGGGUGGCGGGGCUAUAUUGUCUUCCCCGACGUACCUCACCGGAAAAGACCACGGUUCUUGACUCCUACAGAGCACGCGCUGGCCAACAGUCGCCUUAAAGGACUGAUUGCGCCCAGCCAGCUAACGGUCUCGCGCGACAUCUUCAAGCGCGUGCUGGGACGUUGGCACUGGUAUAUCUUUGUCUUCCAUUGGACUUUGAUGGAUCAGAAUUUCACCCCUUACUCAACCCCUUUCAGUCUCUAUCUCAAAGCAUAUCCCGAUAUCUACUCUGUUUCUCGUGUCAACACUUUGCCCACAAUAGCCACGGCAAUCUCUGUUAUUGCCGCUGUGGUCUCCAGCGUUGUCGCAGAUAGAAUGCGGAAUUGGUGGAUUCCUUCUAUCGUUAUCAGUAUUCCGGUUUUGAUUGGGCUUGUUUUGCUUGUCAUAUAUAAUGUUGGGGAGUCUGGUCGGUUGGCGGCUUUCAUCAUCACUGGAUUCGAGGGAGCAAUCAGCCCACUGACCAUGAGCUGGGCAACCAUCGUCAUGGCCAACGACGCGGAAGAACGUGCCGUUGUAACAGCCAGCAUGAAUGCAAUCGGACAGGCUAUGGCGGCGUGGACGCAAAUAUUUCAGUACCCAGCAACCAGUGCACCUCGCUUUUCCGCAGGCUUCAUCUCGAACCUGGUAACUACGAUAGCCCAGAUUGUUAGCGUUGGAGUGAUUGCAUUUCUUGCUAGACGGGAUGAGCGCAAACGAGCUUGGAUAUCUAGCGCCUGA